AUGGCGGAUCGGGCGGAGAUGUUUUCUCUUUCCACCUUUCACUCGCUGUCGCCGCCGGGCUGCAGGGCUCCUCAGGACAUAAGUCUGGAAGAAUUUGAUGAUGAAGAUCUGUCAGAGAUCACUGAUGACUGUGGGCUUGGUCUCAGCUACGACUCAGACCACUGUGAGAAGGAUAACCUCUCCCUGGGGCGUUCGGAGCACCCGCACCCCAUCUGCUCCUUCCAGGAUGACUUCCAGGAGUUUGAGAUGAUAGAUGACAAUGAGGAGGAGGAAGAGGAGGAAGAGGAAGAAGAGGCAGAUGGGGAGGGUGAGGAGGGAGGUCACUGUGGCUCAGAAGCCCCUACCUCAGAGCCCCUAAUACCCUCCCCCUCUACCAACGAACCCCACAAGCACCGGCCCACCACGCUCCACCUGACUGCCCUAGGAGCGCAGGACUCCUUGAACAACAACAAUGGAGGAUUCAAUCCUGCUCCUCCAGCUUCCUGGCAGGAGACGCUGCUCUGCUCACCCCCCCAGGAACCCCUAGGAGAGCCUCCCGGUGCCCUCCCGCCCACCAACGCAGGUCCUCUUGGGUCACCGUCUCCUGAACACACAGGCUGCGACUACGAAGGAAACCCGCCCUUGGUCCGUGCUGCGCCUGGCGGAGCCUCACCCUCUUCGGACCCAGGCAUUGAGGCCGACCUGGGGAGCCGCUCAAGUGGGGGCCGCGGGGGCCGACGAAGCAGCCAGGAGCUAUCAACGCCAGGCUCAGACUCAGAGGAAGUGGGUGGCCCGCGCCUGGGCCGCAUGAUCUCGUCCAUCUCGGAGACCGAGCUGGAGCUGAGUAGCGACGGUGGUAGCAGCAGCAGUGGCCGCUCCUCGCACCUCACCAACUCCAUUGAAGAGGCUUCUUCACCAGCCUCCGAGCCCGAGGCUGAGCUCCCGCACGAGCCGCCACGCCGGCCCGCCUUCUUGCCAGUGGGUCCGGACGACACCAACAGCGAAUACGAGUCGGGUUCCGAGUCAGAGCCCGACCUCAGCGAGGACGCCGAUUCGCCCUGGCUGCUCAGCAACCUGGUGAGCCGCAUGAUCUCCGAGGGCUCCUCGCCCAUCCGCUGCCCGGGCCAGUGCCUGUCACCACGCCCGCCCGGGGAGACAGCAUCGCCGGCUGGCGGGGACACCGAUGCCGCUGAGGCAACAGUGGCAGCUGGCGUGGAGCUGGUGGACAUGGAGACGCUGUGCGGCCCACCGCCACCUGGGCCCCCAGCGCCAGCCAGGCCCGCCCCGGCACAGCCCGGGCCCUGCCUGUUCCUCAGCAACCCCACACGAGACACCAUCACACCCCUGUGGGCCGCGGUGGGCCGCACUGGCCGCCCAGGCCGCGCCUGCUCAGCCGCGUGCUCAGAGGAGGAGGACGAGGAUGAGGAGGACGCCGAGGAAGGCGCAGGGUCGCCAGGGGGCAGGGGUGCAGGCCCUGCCGUACCACGGGAUGCAUCUCUGGUCUAUGAUGCCAUCAAGUAUACGCUCGUGGUAGAUGAGCACACACAGCUGGAGCUGGUGAGCCUGAGGCGCUGCGCAGGCCUGGGUGAGGACAGCGAAGACAGCGGAGGCGAAGCCAGCGAGGAGGAGGUGGGGCCUGGGCUGCUGGGCAGUGGCAGAGGCGGGGACCCAGAGGACGCCUCCCCAGACAGCCCAGACCUUACCUUCUCCAAGAAGUUCCUCAAUGUCUUUGUCAACAGCACAUCUCGAUCUUCCAGCACUGAAUCCUUUGGCCUUUUCUCCUGCCUGGUGAAUGGUGAGGAGAGGGAGCAGACUCAUCGCGCGGUCUUCAGGUUUAUCCCCCGUCAUCCUGAUGAGCUGGAGCUGGAUGUGGACGACCCAGUGCUGGUGGAGGUGGAGGAGGACGACUUCUGGUUCCGUGGCUUCAACAUGCGGACAGGGGAGCGAGGAAUCUUCCCUGCCUUCUAUGCCCAUGCAGUGCCCUGCCCUGCCAAGGAACUGCUGGGGAGCAAGAGGAGCCCCUGCUGGGUGGACAGAUUUGACGUGCAGUUCUUGGGCUCCGUGGAGGUGCCCUGUCACCAGGGCAACGGCAUCCUGUGUGCAGCCAUGCAGAAGAUUGCCACAGCCCGGAAGCUGACCGUCCACCUGCGCCCUCCUGCCUCGUGUGACCUAGAAGUCUCCCUUCGUGGGGUCAAGCUGAGUCUGAGUGGAGGAGGACCUGAGUUGGAGCGUUGCAGCCACUUCUUCCAGAUGAAGAACAUCUCCUUCUGUGGCUGCCACCCACGCAACAGCUGCUACUUCGGCUUCAUCACCAAGCACCCACUGCUGAGCCGCUUCGCCUGCCAUGUGUUUGUGUCCCAGGAGUCCAUGCGGCCUGUGGCGCAGAGCGUUGGCCGCGCCUUCCUGGAGUACUAUCAAGAGCACCUAGAGUAUGCCUGCCCCACAGAGGACAUCUACCUGGAGUAG